CAGACUCCCCGUGGCCCAGAGUUCUGCUGCGUCUGCCCUGUGCCUGGCCUGAGGGAGCAAAGAUGUGGGGAAGCGUCCUGUGCCUGGCGCUGCUGAUCCUGCUGGGCGCUGAGCCUGGGCGAGGAGACGACAUCCUGUCGCAGGUGGCCUUCGUCCAGCGGACGCUGGAGUCCCCCAAGGGCCCGGCCGAGUUCAUGUUCGAGUUCAACGACGACGAGAUCUUCCACGUGGACCUGGACGCCAAGGAGACCAUCUGGCGGCUGCCCGACUUCAAGGAGUUCACCAGCUUCCAGGCCGAGGGCGCCCAGGGCAACAUCGCCGUGCUGCGCUCCAACCUGGACAUCCUCAUGCGGCGCUCCAACAACACGCCUGCGGAGAGCGUUCCUCCGAAGGUGACCGUGUACCCCGAGAAGCCGGCGGAGGUGGGGGAGCCCAACAUCCUGAUCUGCCUGGUGAGCGGCUUCUCCCCGCCGGAGGUGGGCGUCACCUGGCUGAGGAAUGGGCAGGUGGUGACGGACCGGGUGGAGGAGACCGACUUCUACCCCAACAAGGACAACUCCUUCCGCAUGUUCUCCUACAUGACGUUCAUCCCGGGCAGGGGCGACGUGUACGUGUGCCGGGUCGCCCACUCGGGCCUGGAGCAGCCCUUGGACAGGGAGUGGAAUCCCAACAUGCCGGAGCCCCUCCCGGAGACGACGGAGAACGUGGUGUGUGGCCUGGGCCUGGCGGUGGGCAUCGUGGGCAUCAUCGCGGGCACCGUCCUCCUCGUCAAGAGCCGGCAGCUGAACGGAAACCGCUUCCGCCAGGGGCCCUUGUAAAGCAGGCCCCGUGAGACGUGCUCCGCCUCGCCUUGCUUCGCUCCGCCUGGGCUUCCAAGGGUCUCUCCGCACCAGCACGGCUCCCCUCCCGGCCACGUGCCCGCGCAUCGCUCUGCAGUGCCCUCCGGCCAGAGGGCUCUGCCGGCACCCCUCUGGCCUCUCCCCACCUCCCUCGGGGCGCACAUGGCUCCCCCCUGGCAGGGCCGAGGCGGCUCCCCUUCCACCAGUGCCCCUCGGAGCCCCGGGGAGGGCUGCCUCGUCCCCCUUCGGCUUCUCUCCCGCCGGGCGCGCAAGGGGCUUUCUGCCUCUGCGCACAAGGCUUGCGUUCUGAGUAUCUCCCUCCCAGGCCCCGCUCGGAGCCCCCUCCAGCCUCAUCCUUGGCUCUGUUCGGACAACACAAGAACCCACUCUGGAGGGCUGGGCGUGGGCUGGCACGGAAAGGCACUCCCCUGUGGUCUGAACCCAACCGCGCUAACGCCCCACGGCCCGGGAGCCAUGAACAACCCAUGAAGAGAAUCCAGGGCUUAUUCCUGGGCUGUGAACUGCAGAUCGCUCGCGUGGCAAAGCCAUGUGGCACCAACAGUGCAUGGCUCCCUUGCAGCCCCGCCUGAGCGUGGUUAUUGUGUCGUCUGGACACAGUCCAUGCCCACGAGACGAGAUCUGGGCAGCGGGGAGUGGCGUGAACGGCUGCCCUCCGUCACCGGGCCAGGGUAUUUCUGCUUGAUGCCCUGGAGGUGCCACUGAUGUGGGCUCAUUCGUGACACUGCGAAGCGUCAGAGUAGAAGCCGCCCUCUCCGAAUCGGUCGCAACCCCCUCUGGCCGGGGCGAAGCGAGGGAGCCUCCGGCCGCCCCAUGUAGCUGUGUGUGUACACCCGGCCCUCCUCCUCCCCCAUAGCUGAUUUUACCCAGUGAGAGAGACGGUGAAGAACUGGUAGGAAAGGACGGGUGGCCCAUGGGGAGGAGGAAACAUCUGGGCCCCCAAAAUAUCUCGCCAACAAGGCUGGCAGUGACACCACAAACCCUCUGGCCGCACCCCGAGAGGGGCCCUUUUCUUGUGCUGGAGGGCAGUCGACAGAACAACUUCCUGUGGGACGUGGGCACCGGGCCCCUUUCCUCUUGCGUACUUCUGCACUGGCAGUUUCCUGAAUAAAUCACAAGGUGUUUGUCUCCA